AUGGCCCCUAUUGCGUUCGCUUGUCGGGCGCAUGUUGUAAAUAAGAGUCACCAAAUAUUCAAUGCGAAACUAGUUAUUUGGAAGCAUCGCUGUCUCAGCACAACGAAUCACUCAACACAGUUAGGUACCGCGUUCACUGAGUUACGUAUUGGCGUACCCAAAGAGUCAUUCACUGACGAAAGACGAGUUGCAGUUACGCCACAAACCGCACAACUUUUUAUUAAACGUGGUUUCAAUGUUUUUGUUGAAUCUGGUGCUGGUGUUGAAGCGAAUUUCUUAGAUUCAGAUUAUGUAACUGCCGGGGCUAGAAUAAUCUCAGAUGGUGUAGAAAGCCUUUAUCAUCAAAGUGAUAUAGUGCUGAAGGUUAGGCCGCCGUCAAUUAGUUCACCAAUCAGAUCGUCAGAUGAAGUCAGUAUGAUAAAACCGAACAGCACGUUGAUCAGUUUAGUAUAUCCUGCAAAGAAUAAGUCGUUAAUUGAUGAAUUAAGUAAGAAGAAUGUUAAUUUACUCGCCUUGGAUUGUAUACCACGCAUAAGUCGUGCUCAGUCGUUCGACGUGUUAUCCUCUAUGGCUAAUAUUGCUGGAUAUAAAGGUGUCAUUGAAGCGGCUGGAUUGUUCAAUCGAUUUUUUGCAGGUCAGAUCACUGCAGCUGGUAGAAUUCCCCCGGCAAAAGUGUUGGUUGUUGGUGGUGGUGUUGCAGGUCUAUCAGCUGUUAGUACAGCUAGAAGUCUAGGCGCUGUGGUACGCGCUUUUGAUACGCGUGAAGCAGUUCGUGAGCAAGUGGAAUCAUUCGGUGCAGAAUUUUUAACUGUCGAUAUACAAGAGUCAGGUGAAGGAAUAGGUGGUUAUGCUAAAGAAAUGUCUCAAAAAUACCUGGAAGCAGAGAUGGAGUUAUUCGCAAAACAAGCGAAAGAAGUAGACAUUAUAAUUACUAGCGCUUUAAUUCCAGGGAAACCAGCACCGAGACUAAUUACAAAGGCUAUGGUAGAAUCAAUGCGUCCAGGAUCAGUUAUUGUUGACUUGGCUUCAGAUGCUGGUGGGAAUGUAGAAACAACAGUACCUGGAAAAUUAACCUAUCAUCAUGAUGUUGCUCAUAUUGGUUACAUGGAUCUGCCUAGUCGACUACCUGGUCAGUCAUCGACAUUAUUUUCUAAUAAUGUAGCUAAUUACCUCUUAUCGAUGACUCCACCUGAUGCAAAAGAUCGAUUUUAUAUAAACUUAGAAGAUGAUGUUAUCCGUGAUAGUAUUGUACUACAUAAUGGAAAACUUAUGUGGCCACCGCCUGCUCGACCACAACCAGCACCUGUGAAACGUGAACAACAGUCAGUUAAAGCAGCAGAGAGUGUUACACCACAACCAAGCGAUUCAUCAGUAAUUUUAAGAAGAAAACUACGUUCUGUCAUCUCUACUUCGGUUGGUUUGACAGGUUUAGUUGGAGUGGGAUUGUAUUCCCCAUCACCAGCGUUUACUACAAUGCUAACAACAUUUGGUCUUUCAGGUAUUGUAGGUUAUCAUACCGUUUGGGGUGUCACUCCAGCUCUUCAUUCCCCAUUGAUGUCUGUGACAAAUGCUGUAUCUGGAAUUACAGCUGUCGGCGGUCUACUUCUUAUGGGUGGUGGUUUAUAUCCAUCGACGAUACCUGAAGGAUUAGCAGCAUCAGCAACUCUUCUGUCAGCUAUCAAUAUUGGCGGUGGUUUUGUCGUUACUCAAAGAAUGCUUGACAUGUUUAAACGUCCUACUGAUCCAGCUGAAUAUAAUUAUUUAUUCAGUAUUCCUGCUGUUGCCCUCCUUGGCAGCUAUGGAUAUGCUGCACUCACUAUGCCUUCAGCGAUACUGGAUGAUAUGCAUGAAACUACCUAUUUGGCUUCUUCACUGUGUUGUAUUGGAGCGUUGACUGCUUUAUCAAGUCAAAAACUUUGCCGUGUUGGUAAUGCGAUAGGUGUGAUUGGUGUUACAAGUGGAUUAAUGACCACUCUAGGAUUAAUUCACCCAAAUCCAGAAUUAUUGACUCAAAUGGCAGCUUGCUUAGCUGGUGGUUCGUUGAUUGGUGCUGUCGCUGCUAAACGAAUACAAGUUACAGAUUUACCACAAAUGGUUGCUUUAUUCCAUAGCCUUGUUGGUGCUGCUGCUGUACUCACUUGUAUUGCAAAUUAUAUGAUUGAAGCUCCACAUCUACUAUUAAUUCCAGAAUCCUAUGGUGCUCUACAGUUGAUGAAGACUGUUGCCUAUUUAGGCACAUAUAUCGGUGGCAUUACGCUAACUGGGUCAUUAAUAGCCUUUGGUAAACUACAAGGCUUAUUACAUUCAACUCCCCUGUUAUUACCAAUGAGAAAUGCAUUGAAUGCUAGUUUAGCAACAUUAUCUGCUGGUUGUCUGAUUGGUCUACUUUCACUUGGUCCUGAAGCAGUAGGACCUGGACUUGCUCUGCUUAUUGGUGGAGCUGGUAUAGCUGGUGGUAUAUCUGGGCUGACUUUGACAGCUGCUAUUGGAGGUGCUGAUAUGCCUGUUGUAAUUACAGUGUUGAAUAGUUAUUCUGGUUGGGCAUUAUGCGCUGAAGGUUUCAUGUUGAAUAACAGUUUAAUGACUGUAGUCGGUGCUUUAAUUGGAUCAUCUGGUGCUAUUCUCUCGUAUAUUAUGUGUAAAGCAAUGAAUCGUUCCUUACCGAAUGUUAUUCUUGGCGGUUAUGGAACUAGUUCAUAUUCUGGUGGAAAAGCAAUGGCGAUUACAGGUACUCAUCGAGAAACAGAUGUACCAACAGUUGUUAGUUACCUUGAAAAUUAUAAAGAUAUUAUUAUCACGCCUGGUUACGGCUUGUGCGUUGCCAAAGGACAAUAUCCAUUAGCUGAGCUAGCUAAAGAAUUAAUUAAACAAGGGAAACGUGUACGAUUUGCUAUACAUCCUGUUGCAGGACGUAUGCCUGGACAGCUGAAUGUUCUCCUGGCUGAAGCUGGUGUACCAUAUGAUAUUGUCUAUGAAAUGGAUGAGAUAAAUGAUGAUUUUCCCAAGACAGAUCUAGUUCUAGUGAUUGGAGCUAAUGAUACAGUGAAUUCAGCUGCUGAAGAAGAUCCAAAUUCAAUUAUAGCUGGUAUGCCUGUUCUACGGGUAUGGUUAGCUAAAAAGGUGAUCGUGGUGAAACGAACCCUGGGAGUUGGUUAUGCUGCUGUGGAUAAUCCUGUUUUCUUUAAAGAAAAUACUGAUAUGCUAUUGGGUGAUGCUAAAACUAUAUGUGAUGGUCUUUUGAAUGCAUUUAAAAAAUAG